UCUGGAGCACAUGGUUGUUCACAUGGUCCGCCUCUGCUGCUGAUGCACUGCAUUACAGUCCCGCAUAGCCUACACGCAGGGCUGACGUUUCUUCAGCCCAUUCAUCACUCCUGGCUGGGAUCCCGUCGCAUGUAUGGAUCGAAAGACCACGAUUGUGAUAUUCUGCCCCAUAGAUGACUAUGCUUUUUAGCAAAAAAUAUGACAUUUGUUUUCGAAUAAUGAUACGUCGAGUAGGUUAACAUUUGAAGAAGUCAUAGACUGCAGCUUGGAAACCAGGGCGUCCAUCGAUUACUGCUGUGCAGACUGCAAGGGAUUCAUACUGCUGCAACAGCCUAAACAGUCUGUCCCCAAGAAGACACUGACCGAGUCCUGAACAGCUAACGUUAAACGUCGCAGGCUCUCCGUCUGCCCAGAGAACCAGAAGAGAGGGACGACUCAGAGUGGGCUAAUAUUGACUAAAUCUCCCCAUAUACGCAGGAUCAAAACACUGCCAAACAUUAGGUAUAAUAAAAAUACGAGUCAUCCCCUCCAACGUCGGAAUAGCCCAGACGUUUGAUAAUUUUGUGGCUAAAUUACAAGCCUGGAGGUCAGCGUUCAACGGUGAGACGUCAAAAGGUUACCCCGAUGUAAGAUGGAGGAUAGUUUUGAUUGCGACUGUGGUGAGCUUGAGCCACCCGAUCACUGAGGGAAAGAGAUCUGUGUAAGUCAGCUGCCAGUUUUGUUUUCAGUCAGGUGGUUAAUUUGAAUAAAAAAUAAAAAAUAAAAAAAAACAACACAACAGAAUAUUUAAUAGUAGUUCUACUAAAAUUGAACAAUGCUGCUCAGGACCAGUCAUACACUGAAUGUAUCUGCACUGUGAGGAUGGUAUAAGAUACUUUAGGAAUUUAGCUUUUGUUUGAUAUUUUUUAAUUGGCCUCAAUAAUCCAUUCCAUUAUUGUAGUCAAGUUUGUAAAGGAAUCCCAUUAGAGGCAAAGGUUCUUAAAACACAUUGUGAAAUGACUUCACAGUAUAAUUACAUAUCCAAGAUCUCACUCUAUCAUACACUGAGAAGACACUGAGGGCUAGAGAGGGGGAACAGAGAGAUCCACUGUGGCUUGUUGGUCUAGGAAAAUAAUACAGACUUAGGUAUUACAAUAUUGUCGAGGGAAAGCCAAGAUUUUUCAUUUCACGGUUGGCUUCAUAAAAGUCCAACACUUCCUCACCCUUGACAAACAUAGAAGAAGUGUUCUGCCUGAGGGGUACCAAACAUGGCUGAGAAGUUUGAGAGCCUGAUGAACAUUCAUGGCUUUGACCUGGGUCCACGCUACAUGGACUUAAAGCCGCUAGGCUAUGGCGGCAAUGGUCUGGUGUUCUCUGCUGUGGACACGGAUUGUGACAAGAGGGUGGCGGUAAAGAAGAUUGUGCUGACUGACCCACAGAGUGUAAAGCAUGCUCUGCGUGAGAUCAAGAUCAUCCGGAGGCUGGAUCAUGACAAUAUUGUCAAAGUGUUUGAAACAGUGGGGCCAAGCGGGAGGCAUCUAACGGAGGACGUGAGCUCCCUGACCGAGGUGAACUCCGUCUACAUUGUGCAGGAGUACAUGGAGACAGACCUGUGCAAGCUGCUGGAGCAGGGCCUGCUCUCCGAGGAACACGCCCGGCUCUUCAUGUACCAGCUUCUGCGUGGCCUCAAGUACAUCCACUCGGCCAAUGUCCUGCACCGCGACCUCAAGCCCGCCAACCUUUUUGUCAAUACAGAAGACUUGGUGCUCAAGAUUGGAGAUUUCGGCCUGGCUCGCAUCAUGGACCCACACUACUCCCACAAGGGUCAUCUCUCUGAGGGACUGGUGACGAAAUGGUACCGAUCUCCUCGCCUGCUGCUCUCCCCAAACAACUACACCAAAGCAAUCGAUAUGUGGGCAGCUGGCUGCAUCUUUGCUGAGAUGUUGACAGGGAAGACCCUCUUUGCAGGGGCCCAUGAAUUGGAGCAGAUGCAGCUGAUUCUGGAGUCCAUUCCUGUGAUCCACGAGGAGGAUCGGCAGGAGCUGCAGAGCGUCAUCCCAGUUUUCAUCAAGAAAGACAUGUCCGAACCUCAGACCCCCCUUGCCAAGCUGCUUCCCGGCGUCAGUGCUGAAGCCCUAGAUUUCCUGGAGAAGAUCUUGACUUUCAAUCCCAUGGAUCGGUUAACCGCAGAGGAGGCCCUAUCACACCCUUACAUGAGUGAUUACUCUUUCCCCCUGGACGAACCCAUUUCCAGCCACCCGUUCCACAUUGAGGAUGAGGUGGAUGACAUCCUACUGAUGGACCAGAGCCAUAGCCAUGUCUACAACUGGGACAGGUAUCAUGAUAGCCAGUUCUCGGACCAAGAUUGGCACCUUCACAGUACCCAUGAGGCCGAGGAAGUGCAGCGGGAUCCCCGUGCCAUGUCUGAUGUCACCGAUGAGGAGGAGGUACAGGUCGACCCCCGCAAGUAUAUGGAUGGUGAGCGGGAGAAGUUCCUGGAUGACCCCUCUUUUGAUUCCUGGCAGCAUGAGGACCAUCACGAGAACAAAUACUGUGACCUGGAGUGCGGCCAUACUUGUAACUACAAAGCCGUGUCCCAUUCGUACCUGGACAACCUUAUCUGGCGUGAGAGCGAAGUCAACCACUACUAUGAGCCCAAGCUUAUCAUCGACCUGUCAAACUGGAAGGAGCAACAGAGCAAAGACAAGAUUGACAAGAAAGGCAAGACCAAGUGUGAGAAGAAUGGCCUGGUCAAGGCACAGAUCGCCCUUCGUGUAGCCACCCAGAACCAGGUCCCAGAGAAGGACAGUGAGCAGGAAAAGGACUUGAACCAGAAUCAAGGCCAUGCCUUUGAUUUUGACUCCUUCAUCGCAGGUACCAUCAAGCUAAGCCUUCAGCCUGAGCCCAGCGAGGUGGGCCUCCUCAAUGAACUCAACAGUUCUGUGUCCCAGCUGGAGACGCGCAGCUCCAUGUCGAAGUCCAUCAGCCAGGAGAAGGAAGAGAAGUGCCUGGUGAACCUGGCCCAACUCGGAGGUCGGGCACCCAAUCCAUGGGAGAGCUUUGGGAGCUAUGUGGAUGCCGCAUGCGAAGAAAGCUGCCUGAUAGACGAGGCCGGGAUGUGCUGGGAUGUGCGCAAGGAUGAGCAACUGCAGAAGGAGACGACCUACACCAGCUACCUGGACCGGCUCUUCAGUAAGCGCGAAGAGGUGGUUGAAGCGCUCGAUCCGCAGCCAGAGGUGGUGAGCGCGGUGGCGGUGGAUGACGGCUUCCUGGCUGAGAAUGGAGAGCUUGUCUUCAACAUGCAGAUGGAGACCCUGACCCUGCCCGGAUUUGAUGGCCCCACCGAUGUGCCUCUCAAGUCCAUCCAGGCCACAUUGACCCCCUCCACUGUCAAGUGCUCCCCUCAGAUCGCCCAUAAAACCUACAGCAGCAUUUUUAAGCAUUUGAAUUAAGUCCCAGUGCAGCAUUUAGACUACUUCUUGGUUUUUAUCAUUUUUUUUUUUAUUAUUGUUUAUUUGUGGUAGUACAUUAUUUUACUUGAAUCAUUUCAUACCAUUUUAUGUAUGGUUUCUUGUUUCUAUUUUAUUUUUUAAGGUAACAAUUUUGUAAAAUGAGGCAACCUCAAACAUUAGCAAAAAAAGGUUUCGUAGCAGCCUGAAACAUCCUGUUAGACCCACACAUGUGUAUGAUCAUGCUUUUAUUUUAUUUUUAUUUUUUUAAACUGGCAUGUCAUUUGCACACAGUGUACUGUAGAGGCAUGUGAAAGAGUGCAUUGGGUAGGGGCAGUGAGGGAUCGAGUUGUGGAAAUGAAGAGUGUGAAGGAGCACAGAAAGUAAUCAGUUGCAAGCAGGAUGAUGAGGAAACUGCACUAAAAGAACGUGGGAGAUGUCGCGAUUGACAUUGCCGCCCUUGAGUAAGUCAGCCCAUUGGAGAGAGACAAGGGUGGUGGGUCAUUUUUCCAGCUUGUAUCUAUUUCCAUUUUUUUUUUUUUUUUUUUUUUAAACGAAGUCUAAAUUAUUGAUGUAUUUUCCCAGAAUCUUCAAAAUUCUUUAAUAUUAUUACCAUUUAUUUGACAUGAUGCCAGCAGCAACCAUUAAAUGUAGAACUUUGUAAAUGUGUUAUCUACCUCAAGGUAACAGCAGAGAGUAGACACUCAGAGCCACACUAGUGCUUUACUCGUGUUCAUCCUGAUAACCAUUUUUUUUUUUUAUCAUUUGCAUUUGCCAUAGUGAAGUGUUAAGAUCAUUAUUUAUUUUUAGCAGAUGUGAGAUAUUUAUUUUGAAAGGAAAACAAACCAACCUGUAAAUUCAAUGUGACUGUUGGAAACUGAGACAUUGGACUUCCAUUUUCCUUUUGGCACGAUGAUAUGUUUGUUCAUUUUUAAUUGUAGGAUUCUUUUGUUAUAUGGAGAAGCUUUCCAUUUUCCAUCUUUUGUCUCCUUAAGGAAAAAUUCUUCCCUUUUUUAAUUUAUAGGUGCUGUCUGUUUGAGAGGAAUACAUGAGUUUUUGUUUGUUUGUUUGUUUGUUUUUUUAUUGCGCCUAAAAGUCUUAAUUGUUUUUUUUUGUUUUUCUAAACGUGUGUGUGUGUGUGUGUAUGUGUUUACGUGUGUGUAAGUAUAUAUCUAUAAUAUGUAUAUAAAUAACACACACAUUACACACAUGCAUUCACACAAUGCUAUAUAUAAAUGUAUUGUUUAAAUCAUGUGCAUGGAAGAAACCAACAGAAGGUACAUUAAAACGAAGUUAACGGUGAAGUAUACUGUUCAUCAUUCAUUUGAUUUUAAGUGUAUGUUUUUAUGAAAAAAGUUUAUAUAUUUUUUUCCAAGCAAGCAUGAGUAAAUUAGGUUAAGGUGUAGCAUGUAGAACAUCUUUGCCUUUAAAACUGGUACUCAGAUUUUAUCAUCGGUUCCCCUGUUAUAAGAAAAAAGUAAUUAAUAAAAAUUGCCAGCAAAUACCA